UAUAUAAGCCCUUCUGAGGAGGGUUUCGGGCUGAAAUGAUUCCACAAGCAACUUUACCUCUGGAACAGAGAUUCUCACUUGUCAAAGUGCUGUGGAUUACAGUUCUUGUUAUGAUCUGAGUUAUGAUAAGCUUGUCAUUGGUGUAGGGGCUAUCAGUAAUACCUUUGGGGUUCAAGGAGUGUCUGAACAUGCCUUCUUUCUAAAGGAAGUUGCCGAUGCUAGGGCCAUCAGGAAUCGUAUUCUCAGUAACUUUGAAUUGGCACUCCAUCCAAACAUGACCGAGCAGGAUAAGAGACGACUUCUUCACAUUGUUAUUGUUGGUGGUGGACCAACUGGAGUUGAGUUUGGUGCAGAGCUCCAUGACUUUGUUAGAGAGGAUGUUUCCAGACUUUACAAGGAAGAACAGAAGUUGGUCCAGGUGUCCCUUAUAGAAGGUCGUAAGGUACUGGGUGCUUUCAAUCAAAAGCUACAGCAGUAUGCUGUUAAGAAGAUUAAAGCUAGGAAACAGAUGGAAUUAUUACAGGCCAAUGUCAAUAAAGUGGAAGCUGAUGGCGUGACCUUGUCUGAUGGUAGAUUUCUUCCUUGUGGUCUAGUGGUAUGGUCAACUGGUCUUGCUCCACGACCCUUCACAGAAUCCCUUGAUCUACCUAAGAAUGCACAAGGUCAGUUAGUAACGGAUGAGAGGUUAAGAAUAGCAUCAGUAGAUGACAGCAGUGUCUAUGCAUUAGGAGACUGUGCUGAUAUAGUAGGCAAUCCUCUGCCAUGCACAGGCCAGGUAGCAGAAAAGCAAGGUCGUUACCUAGCUAAUCUGUUGGCCCACCCUGGACCUUUGGAAGACAUCCCUCCUUAUGUCUACAAAGGCUUUGGAAUGUUGGCCUAUGUAGGAGAUUACAAGGCUCUUACUGAGACACCUGCCCUCAAGACACAAGGAUUUAGUUCAUGGCUUUUGUGGCGAUCAGCAUACCUGACACGUCUUGGCAGCUGGCGGCUUCGUAUGCAGGUCCCCGUUGAUUGGACCAAGACUCUUCUAUUCGGCAGAGACAUUUCAAGGUUCUAGACCAGUCAUAAGAUCCAGAGAAGACUGUCUGAGUGAGCAUUAGAUCUACCAAUGGACUUGGCCCUUCUGUAUUUUUCCUGUAGCCAUGUGAGCAAGGGCUUCUGACAUGGAGAGGCAUCGUCAUAUGUGUCUGAAAGCUUGGGAAACAGACUUUGAUCAACUCUGGGGUUAGUUGCAAGAAACUUGCAACCAAUUACAAAUCAAUUUUAGGUCCUAAAAUUCAUCAGUAGUCUUCCAAUGGGUUGAUAGCUUGUUUCUUUCAAAGAUCUAUAAUAUAUCUGUAAAAUUGCACUUAGAGGAUCAGAGUAGCAACUAUAGUCGAUUAAUUUUUUCUUUCUGCCACAGGAUAUAGGCUAGCAAUUGCAAAGUUUGAUUAAUUGCAAUGCUCAUGAUUGAUUUUAGGAAUUACAUUUUAAUUGCAUUGAUUGGAAGUCUCUUACAAUGCUCUCUUAAGGAAUUAGGUCUUAUAGUUGUUGCAUUGCCUUGCUUUAUAUUUUAGCAGGUGGCUUUGAUGGUUUACAUUGAUUUGCAUCACAAGAAUAAUUAUAUCUUAUAGAUUUACUUUUCUAUUUAUUCCACCUCCCUUUUCCAUGCACUUAGCUCUUCUUCAAUUGAAGUACAUAUAACAGAACUACCUCUGUUAUUUCUUGUCUAAAUAAAGUUGGUUUUAUUUCUCAAUUUACUAUAGUGUAGGUCAUUCUACUAUGUACAGUACAUAAAAUGAGAAGUAUAGUGGCCAUGUGCAUUCCCAAUACCCAGACCACUCUAGAUAAUAAUAGUCUUUAAUUCCAUAGAUGUGUAUAUGGACCAGUGAGUUGGCAGUUGGGUGUAUAACCAUUAUGAUCUAGCCCUAUUCAAGCUGUUCUUUUAUUCCCAUGGACCAGUGAAUAGGCAUGCAGUUGGGUAUUACCAUAUGAUCUACUUCUAUGGGGGCCUAUUCAAGCUAUUCUUUUAUUUCCAGGGUCAUUUGGGUGUAUAUAGCUAAAUGAUUUAACUCUAUGGGGGCCUAUUCAGGGUAUUAUUCUUGAUUUCAUUUUGUUUGGCAAUCUGUCAAAUAUGGGGCCCAGUCGGGAUGAUCCCGGCUGAAGGUAUUUCUAGCUAAAUACAUAAAGUAACAUUCACUGAGCAAAAUGCCGAAAAUUUCAUCCAAAUCGGAUAACAAAGUUACUGAAUU